CGGCUUACGUAUCCCUAAAAGUAAAACGAGAAAUUUUAUAGACAGAGUAGGAGGAAUUUUAUUAAUAUGAAGUGAAUAAUAAAACAAUUUAAAUAAGUAAAAAAGAAGAUUCUGCCAAUCUGCGCUUUUUUGAACAAAUUCAUUUCAUUAAUUCAUGUACUUUUGUUUUAUUGUUUAAGUGGAAUCAAAAGUGUCAUUCUAAAAAGGUCGAAAAGAGAUCACAAAAAUUGCGACGAGACUAUUUAACAAAGCCGUUUAAAAAGCAAGAAUAAUUAGACAAAUAAAUUGUAGAUUUGUGUUAAAAAAUUCAAUAAAAUUUGAAAUAUUACUGGAAUCACAGAUGUUGCAUUAUACAAUUGUGUAUCCUAUAGCCUUUUAAAUCUAUUUCGUAUGAUUACACUACAGAAUAAUAUUUAACAAUAAGAAUAACAUUCAUCCACCAUUUGGAAAUAGUAAGGAACGAGCGAAAAAACAACAACAACAACAUCGUAGAUAAAAGUUAGAGUCAGUCGUGACAACAUAUGAGAUGCCACAAAGAGCAAUCGAAGGAAAAGCCGUGUCGCAGCGUUCAACAUAUUUCCAAUGCAGUCUUCUUCGGGAAUAAAUGUAAAAACCAAAAGUGAUUAAAACAAGCCACAGAUAUCGCCAUAAACGUUAAAGAUUUAAUCCAAUGAUUUCUAUGUGACACAUUCAUUUGUCGCCUGAAACAUCGAUCAUCGCUCCGGCAUAUUCUCUAAACAAGGAAAACAUUUUGAAAACUGCCAACAACAGACUCGAAGAACUUUUGCUAUAGCCGAAGAUAAGACCAGAUUUUUGUCAGCAUUAGGUUGACAAAUUCCCCUAGGAUUUCUUUUUGUAUUAACUAAUAUCCUCAACAUCACCAGCAAUAACACACCAUUACCAAAGUCCAAUGUCUAAUAAAAUUAAUAAAAUAAAGCGUGAAAUACCAACUGUUAGUGCAACUGGCAAUACCAACACCAGCAAUACAUCGGCCAACACAUCAUCGUCCUCUAGCUCCUCGCUGUCAUCCGCCGGAGGCGGUGAUGUCGGUAUGUCUACCGAUCUAACAUCGUUGUUCGAAUGUCCGGUGUGCUUCGACUAUGUGUUGCCACCAAUACUCCAGUGUUCGAGCGGCCAUUUGGUGUGUGUGUCGUGCCGCUCGAAGCUCACCUGCUGUCCAACGUGUCGUGGUCCCUUGGCCAAUAUUCGUAAUUUGGCCAUGGAGAAAGUAGCCUCCAAUGUUAAGUUUCCGUGUAAGCAUUCAGGCUAUGGGUGUACAGCAUCAUUGCUCUAUACGGAAAAAACCGAACAUGAAGAGACCUGCGAAUGUCGACCCUACUUGUGUCCAUGUCCAGGUGCCUCUUGCAAAUGGCAAGGACCUCUGGAUCUAGUCAUGCAACAUUUAAUGAUGUCACAUAAAAGUAUUACCACACUACAAGGUGAAGAUAUUGUGUUUUUAGCCACCGACAUAAAUCUACCAGGUGCUGUUGACUGGGUCAUGAUGCAGUCGUGUUUCGGUCAUCAUUUUAUGCUCGUCCUAGAGAAACAAGAAAAAUACGAUGGACAUCAACAGUUCUUCGCCAUUGUCCAGCUAAUCGGAUCGCGCAAAGAAGCCGAAAAUUUCGUGUAUCGUCUGGAACUGAAUGGCAACCGUCGACGUCUCACAUGGGAGGCAAUGCCACGAUCUAUACACGAAGGUGUAGCCUCAGCCAUUCACAAUUCCGAUUGUUUGGUGUUUGACACAUCAAUUGCCCAACUGUUUGCCGAUAAUGGAAAUUUGGGUAUUAAUGUUACCAUUUCAAUUGUAUAAUAUCAAUAACAUUCUAACAUCGAUGAUCGCAGAGUGAGAGAAUAUUGCAAAGGAAAUUUAGACUACCAGACAUAAUACCCGAGAAAACAAAAACUAAAUAA